AUGGCAGUCGACGAUGAUAAUCGCCAUGAUAGCGCAGCGAUCGAUCAUAAUCAUGUGGAUGGCGAUAGGAAAUCAGCAAAUGAGAUCAAUCAUGAUGAUGAAAAAAAACCUGAACAAAAUCAGCCAUUGACACGGCGACAACGUAUCUCUUCUAUCUUAUUUGCAUAUCAUUUACCGAUUGGCUUGAUAGUACUCUUGAUCUUUGGUAUAUUAGUGCCACAACCUGGAGCUUACUUAUCGCAAACGCCUUUACAGUAUAUUUGCAUCGUUUACAUCUUUCUCAAUAGUGGCCUGAAAUUAAAAACGGAUGACUUAUUGAAAGCACUCAAAUCAUUUCGAGCAUCGUUAUGGGGAUUAUUAAGUAUUUUCUUAGUAACAUCAGUUAUUGGAACUAAGUUAACAUCACUAUUACCUUAUUUGCCACCGACUACCGCUAAUUAUACUAAUACGUCCAGGAAUAUCGAUAAUGCUAGCAGUAAUAUUCUUGGACCAGCUGAUUUCAGUAUUGGAUUGCAGAUAUUCUUUUGCUGCCCAUGCACCAUUUCCUCUGGAGUCUUAAUGGCUGGUCAAGCAGGUGGAAAUUAUGCAUUGGCAGUGAUGCUAACUGUAACAUCGAACGUUUUAGGGGCUUUCCUUAGCCCGCUAAUUGUUGCUUGGCUAACUAUCGUCAACUCUUCAAUUACUCCUGCUGAUAUCGGAAUUUUAAUCCGAAAUCUAACCUUAACUGUCUUGUUACCCUUACUGGUUGGAAAGGCUCUAUCAUAUAUUAAAGUAGUCGCGAAAUAUGUUAAAAAAUACAGUAACUUAUCAAAAUUGACAAGUUCUUUCGCUUUAAUCAUCAUACCUUGGAUGAAGGGUCUAAUGACAGUUUCUGUGGUUAUUGCACAUAUGACACAAAUUCUAGCAGAUUCGCUCGUAGUUGCUAAAUGGUCAAAAUACGGUAGAGAGGAAAAAGAGGUGCAAGAGGAAGAUACUAAUAAACCAAUAAGCCAAGAUGACGUAAAUGUAUCCCCAACCGAUGGCUCGACCAAACAUGGUUCCAUUUAUGUGUCUACAGUAUAG